AAGCUACUCCGAGUCACGUUGAAUCUCACUCAGCGCCAUCCUCAUUUUUGCAGCACGGGAAUUCUAUCGCAGUCUGUCUCGCGGUGAAACAAAGAUAGAUAUGCCCGAUUCGGCCGCAUUUCCCAGCACUGGUCGCACGUCUUUUUGUUAGUGUUUCGGCGCUCAGCAUCUUCCCUUGUUGAGUGCGCACCGCUUGCGAGAGUCGCACCACACGGACUGGCCCAACUUAUAUGAGUUCUAAUUUCCACGCCACUGACAUUUCAUGCCAGUCGAAUAGCAACAGCUACCCUCAACACCAGGACCAACAGCAAUGGCCCAGGAGUUUCCAGGCCCAGCAGCAAAGGACUUUGGAACACAUAGCAGUGAAAUCUGUCGGCGACAUGGAAAAUAAAGUCAAAGAGGACGUGAAUGAAAGUGCCUGGGUGUGCGCCGGGCAGUCUGCAUUCCUUGGCCCUUGCAUCUGGGACAAAAACAUUCCACACAACCCUGACCUCAGGAUUGGAGCACAAUACAUAGAUUUGGACGACUUCCUGUCUGAAAAUGGCAUUCCCCUGGAACAAUCCGUCUUCUCCAACGAGAACGGACAAAAUUGGAAAAGGAAUGAAAUUGACAGAGAUUCGCAUCAGAGCUACUCAGAAAAUGCAGCCAAACUUGGGGUGGUUGCAGAGGUGCUUUCUCUAAAUGGCAAGGGAGAUUAUCCGAUGAAGUACCAAGGCAGCGAGAGCCCGUCCAACGCCUGUUCCUCUCUCACUUCAUCAUCCAGCAAAGACGAGCCAGAAUCUCCGAUUUGCUCUUCAUAUAUGUAUUACUCCAUGAGCGGCAACGAGUUUGACCCGCGAACUAGAGUCUUUUCUGACGAGGAACUCAAGCCUCAGGUCAUGGUGAAGAAGUCCAGAAAGAAGGUUGACCCAGAAUUGCAAUGUGACUUGAAAGAUGACAAAUACUGGGCCCGGCGGCGCAAAAACAACAUCGCGGCCAAACGCUCGAGGGAUGCCCGCAGAUUGAAAGAAAACCAGAUUGCAUUGCGCGCAGGAUUCUUGGAGAAAGAGAACACAUUCCUGAGGAAAGAGAUUGAAAAACUCAAGAAGGAAAACAACCUGAUGAAAUUGAAGUUAGAGAAGACUCAGAAAGACUAAUUGAUAAAUGUUUAAGAUUUGUCACCAGCAAAGUUGCUUAAUGAUCCGUGUUUCUAUGUCAAGGAAACGAUUAAACUUUAUGUAAUAAUUUUA